GAGCUCGUAUAGCCUCAAACUUUGCGACAGAGGGAGGUGUUCCCCCUCCCCGCUUCUCCACAUUUCCCCUCGGCGCACAGUAAACUUUCAUUUUGGGGAAGUCGACGCGCGCACCCACACACACACUUACGCACACUUUACGCACACACACACUUUACGCACACACACACGCAGCAAGCAGCGUUGCUCGUCACCUCGUCCUGCCACUGUUCCUCGGGAAAGCCGGACCACAGGACUUCACCUCACGUUCAUUGUACUUUCUUUCCCCCCCCCCCCCCAAAACGCGCGGAAGGAAGAAAUCUCAGAAGCGCACAGGUGGAACUCUCCGGCGCGUCUCUCUUCUUUAAUUCUCUCCCGCCCUCCUCUCCUUUUAAAUUCACCCUCAUCUCCCGGAAAGGACACACCGAGGAUGGAUACUACGAGGAACAGGACAAUGUCGGCGCACAGCCGGUGAACCUGACACUUUCUGAUUAUUAUUCUUGUCUCCUUCUUUCUCUCUCUCUCGUCUCUUGCGCUCCUCGAGCCCGCUCCAUGAACACCUGGAAUGGAACAACUUCAUCCGACCUCAUCGUCCGGACUGUAGUGACAAGACCCAGGAGAGAAUGAAGUAACCGCGAUGGAGCCGGACAAUGCCCCGCACUCCAAACUCAAAUCCACUGGAGUCGGGGGGAUAUUUCUGAUUCUCUGGACGAUCCUCUCUUGCACCUGCUCUCUCAGGCUCGCGCAAGCACAAGAUGUGGACGUUCUGCAGCAGCUCGGGCUCACCGGCCGAAGGGCCGACGGCUCAUCGCCUUCCAGCGCUCGCACCGUCCCUAAUGGCAUCAUCCCCUUCAAGUCUGGAAUCAUCCUCACCCCGAGGGCGCGCGUCCAGGCGCCUCUGCGCACCGUCCUCCCUGCUGGCUACAGCUCGGCCGACCUCUCCGUGAUCCUGAGCUUGUCCGUCCACCGCAUCAACAGCGCUUCCCUUUUCUCGGUCCUGUCGAAGAGACGGAAAGUGCAGCUGGCGCUGCAGUUCGUGCCGGGAAAGCUCCUGGUCCACGCGGGGCAGAGGAGCUCCGUGAGCUUCGACUACGAUGUCCACGAUGGCCGGUGGCACAGUCUCGCCUUUGAUAUCCACGGCCAUCGGGUGUCCCUGCGCACUUCUUGUGGGAGGAAAAGCCUCCAUGCAGAUUUGCAUUCUAAAAGAGAGGAGGCCCUGGAUGCAGAGGGCUCGUUCCUGCUGGGUAAAAUGAACCACAACUCGGUGCCGUUCGAAGGCGCCAUCUGUCAGUUUGACAUUUAUCCAUCUGCCAAGGCAGCUCAAAACUAUUGUGAUUACAUCAAGAAACACUGCCGAGAAGCCGACACGUAUCGGCCCGCGUUUCCACCCCUGCUACCUCUAUUUUCCACACACUCAAACAUCACUGUCACUCGUUCAACUCCGCUGUCACUCACGGAGCUUUCCAGAAAGGACCAGAGACCUGCUCUGGCCUCGACCGAGGAAAACACCAGGACUACAGUUCUCGCUCCAGCCGACCGCCCGCUGGUGCGCGACCGAACAUCUGCGACUCAGACCGUGAGCACUCCAGAACCCGGUGCCGUGUCCGUUUCCCCAGCGGCUCGCCCGGGCUUGGGAACGCCCUCAAAGUUUCCGACUCAAACAGUCACUACGUCUCUUAGGAUCAGCGCGCCGCCGCCGAACCCAACUCUGCGUGCCGGAAAGGACGCAGAGCCAGGACGUACCUACGCCGACGGGAACAGCGCGGAUUUACCUGCUUCCACCAGACCGUCGGAGGCGAAGCCAAACCUCCGGACCACAGCUGCUCCCACACAGGGGUCUCCUUCAGACGCCCACCUUCCCCAUAAAAAGCAGUCGAGCACAGUAGCUCCACAGAAACCCGAGCCAAGAGUGACCGGCGCGCAGGAUGUCCAACCCACCUUGUUUAUUCUCGUCACUCCGGCUGCAACAGAUGGCUUCCAAACAUUCGACGAGGAGCCGACCCACUACUCGCUGCUGGCCGGAGCACCUGGACUAAAGGGAGAGCCAGGAGCGCCGGGCCUUCACGGACUUUCAGGGUCGCCAGGGAGGCCAGGGAAGAGGGGCCCGAGGGGUCCCCCCGGCCCACACGGAAACCCCGGUCGUCCCGGACCUGCUGGAGUGAAGGGACACAAAGGAGACCCCGGACUGUCCCCUGGUCAAGCCCCAAAAGGACCAAAAGGCGAGUCUGGUGACAAGGGCCCCGCUGGACUGCCUGGCCAAGCCGGACGAAAGGGACAUAAAGGUCCUCCUGGUCCUUCUGGUCUCCCAGGUGAACCUGGCGAACGCGGAGAUGAUGGAAGCCCUGGGGCCAAAGGCUAUCCUGGCAGGCAGGGCUUUCCUGGGCCCGUAGGAAAAAUGGGGCCGAAAGGACUUUGGGGCCACAUUGGCAUCCCUGGGCUUUUUGGCCGUCCCGGUCCCAAUGGCGAGAGAGGUGUCCCUGGCGUUCAUGGGAAGAAGGGCGAGAUGGGUAGGCCGGGGUUUCCCGGUGACAUUGGAGAGAGGGGACCCCCCGGGCCCGAUGGAAACCCAGGUGAACUUGGAGCUCCUGGGCCAUGUGGAGUCCCUGGUCUUAUUGGAGACAUGGGCCCUUUCGGCAUUUUGGGCUUAGCAGGACCGCCUGGACUCAAGGGAGUCGCAGGAAGCCCAGGGGACCCAGGACUGAAAGGUGAUAAGGGGGAUGUCGGCUUGCCAGGAGAGCAGGGGGAGUCUGGAUUCCUAGGGGACAAGGGUAUUCGCGGGCCACCUGGGUUGCGUGGUCCUUGUGGAAAACCCGGGCCUCAGGGCAAACCUGGUGAAAAGGGCCCUGAUGGUUUGCCCGGCCCUCUCGGCCCAGAGGGCUUUCCGGGUGACAUUGGCCCGCCAGGUCAAAACGGCCCCGAAGGACCCAAGGGGAAGCAAGGGACAAGAGGUUUGCCAGGUCCAAGAGGAAUAACUGGACUUCAGGGUGAUGAGGGACCAGUCGGGCCAGAUGGACCCGCUGGACUCGAGGGCAGGCCUGGGAGGCAGGGAUUCCAUGGAUUGACAGGCCCAGACGGACUCAAGGGCGAGACUGGGAUAACUGGCGAGGUCGGCAAGCUUGGCGAGAGGGGACUGCCGGGUUUUAUCGGGCCCGUUGGAGAGAUGGGCAUCGCCGGAGAAAAGCUGUUCAUCUGUGCCAACUUUCGCUUCUUUGUGCAGGGUCCAAGGGGUCCCGAUGGCCCGGCGGGGGAGACGGGGCCCGCGGGAAUAAAGGGCCCUGAUGGUCCACCGGGGAAAUUGGGCCUCCCUGGAGAGAUGGGAAAGCUUGGCGAACCCGCUGAAGUGGGGCCGAAGGGAUUUCCAGGUGUUCAAGGACCCUCGGGACCUCCAGGAGCCAAAGGAAUUGCAGGAGAGCCUGGACCGGCGGGGCCACCGGGGACGAUGGGGCCACUGGGGGAGAUGGGGCCGACGGGGCCGCCGGGGAAGGCGGGAGAGAGAGGACUGCCUGGUGACACUGGGGAGAAGGGUGCCGUUGGUCUGCAUGGCAACCUUGGGGAGCAGGGUUUGAUUGGCCAGAGAGGUGAGCUAGGCAUUGACGGGGAGGCUGGACAAGGUGGACCAGAUGGAGCCAAGGGUGAAAAGGGGGAAGCUGGUCCAGAGGGCGCCAACGGAGACGGGGGUGAAAUCGGCCUGAGAGGGAAGGACGGAGGUCCGGGGCCCCCUGGACUGGUGGGUGUGAGGGGUCAGGAGGGUAAACCUGGCCAAAUUGGUGAAAGAGGAAAACCUGGAGAAAAGGGGAGCAAGGGUCUCCAAGGUCACCUGGGGGAGACCGGGCCAGUCGGGGAGCGCGGGGAACCCGGCUUUGUCGGACAGAAGGGAGCGCGAGGAACCAUCGGGCCAGUGGGUGCUCCAGGGAGAAUGGGCCAACAAGGAAAUCCGGGCAUAUCAGGUUACGAGGGUCACAUGGGGCCACAGGGCCCGCUGGGACCUCCUGGGCCAAAAGGUGAAAAGGGUGAACAGGGGGACGACAGCAAGGUAGAAGGUCCUCCGGGUGCCCAAGGUGACAGAGGUCCUCCUGGAGACAGAGGAGAGAGAGGAGUGCCAGGUGACUCCGGACACAUUGGUCAAAUGGGUUUUGAUGGAAAGAGAGGCGAAGCUGGAGCUCAAGGGCUUCCCGGACAUCCUGGGCCAAAGGGACAACCGGGGCUGAGAGGAUCCAAAGGUGAUCAAGGGCAGAAAGGAAAAUCUGGGGCAACAGGCUCACCUGGGACCAAAGGACCGCCAGGUCUAGAGGGUCCUCCUGGCCCACGGGGGGUUGUGGGCAGGGAGGGACUCGAGGGGCUACCUGGAAUUGACGGUCUGCCUGGUAAAGAUGGAAGUAAAGGAGUCAAGGGGGAGCAAGGAGAAGAUGGAGAAGUGGGCUUACCAGGAAAAUCUGGGCAGCCAGGUAAAACCGGCGUGACGGGGCUUCCUGGAAGCCAAGGCUCCUUUGGACCGAAGGGUGAGAGGGGUCUCCGAGGCCAAACUGGUCCAUCAGGAAAAAGAGGCUCAGUCGGCGGGAUGGGACUACCAGGAAAACAGGGAGACCAGGGACCCAAAGGGCAACCAGGGGACACUGGUGGACAAGGAUUCCCAGGGGUGUUCGGUUUGUUUGGGCCAAAGGGACCUCCCGGAGACUUUGGCCCUGCGGGGAUACAGGGACCGAAAGGACCUCGUGGUUUGAAGGGUAUGGAGGGAGCUUUGGGCCCCGUUGGCAUCAUUGGCCCCGGCGGUCAUCCUGGACCCCAGGGUGACAAAGGAAGUCGGGGGGAGAUGGGGUUGCAAGGACCAAGGGGAUCUCCCGGUCCUCGCGGACCAGCGGGACCACCAGGUCUUCUCAGCUCGACCCUUUCACUUGAAAAUGAAGCACUCGGCGCAGCCUUUCAAGUCAUCAUUGAUUCCCACACGGCGCUGAGGCAAGAGAACUUUCAGCACAUGGACCAGCCAACGUUAGACCAGGGCACGGAGAUUUUCAAGACCCUGCAGCAUCUGAGCACGCUGAUCCAGAGUUUAAAGAACCCGCUGGGAACCCGCGACAAUCCUGCCAGAAUCUGCAGGGACCUCUACAACUGUGAGCACAGGAUGUACGACGGCACUUACUGGAUCGACCCAAACCUCGGCUGCAAUGCGGACACCGUCGAGGUGACGUGCAACUUCACAGCGGGAGGACAAACGUGCCUGAAGCCGAUCACAGUGUCCAAGUUGGAGAUCGGAGUGGGUCGCAUCCAGAUGAACUUCAUUCAUCUUUUGAGCACCGAGGCCACGCAGCACGUCACCGUUCACUGCCUCAACACACCCGUGUGGGCGGCGGGACCCUCCCUGCAGCCGUCGGGCGGGGCUGUGAGCUUCAGGGCCUGGACUGGAGAGAGGAUCAGAGCAGGGGACCUCCUGGAGCCGCACAUACCCAUCGACGACUGCUGGAUCAAAGAUGGCCGCUGGCACCAGACCCACUUCAUCUUCCAGACCCAGGACCCAAACUUACUCCCCAUCGUGGAUGUGUACAAUCUACCGCCGACAGCAGAGCCUGGCGCACGCUAUCACCUCGAGGUCGGACCCGUGUGCUUCUUAUAAGGCCCAGUGGAGGGAGGGGUGCGGGGGGGGGGAUUACUACUUAAAUGUAGUGACUGCACGGGGGAGACUCGUCCCUCAGACUCCCCACGUUUUGUCUGUACGAAAUAUGCUCGGACUGCAGAAACAGGAGUGGGCCCCCGAGGAAGAAGGCCCGUUGGAAAAUGCAGAGAGAAGACUUAUCAGCCUAUGGAAAACAAUAAUAAGCUUCUUUUUCUUCUUCAGAGACUUGCUUUUGAUGUACAAGAUCUGAAUGCCCCCUUUUGGAAGUAGUAUCAAAGUGUUGUUUUGUGUCAUCUCUCCGACCAUGUUGUACCAUAUUUUCUUCACGGUCUGAUUUAUUGCAAGAGCCUAAAAAAAGGUUGUUUUUUUCCCCAAGAGAUCUGUACAGAAAUAUGGAACAUUUUCAUCCGCAAUUGCGAUCAUUCACAUUUUAAUGUUAAAGUAUUAUUUAUACAUGUAUAUGUACUGUAUAUUGUAAUAUAAAGUGCAAUAGUUAUCGUUCCGCGACCUUUAGGCAUAUACGGUAUCAAAACCAUAUCACUCAUUCAGGUAUAGUGACACAGAAAUGCUGCCGCCAGGUACGUGUUGUUGUUUUUUUUAUGAGCCUUUACGAACUGUCCAGUGCUGAGAGACAACUCAUUCAUACAGAUAUCUUCACAUUAAACUGCUGUGUGGUACUUUCCACGUUUUAGGUGGGGCCAUGGUUUCCGCAGCGUGAACCGAGAACAGUGUGUCAAGAGACGCUACCUCGUACUGCACCUCCCAUCCCACAGCAAAAACAAGCCGCUAUACCCGAUGUGAUCUGGGAUGACACGGAGGUGACUCCCUGGUGCUGCAACAGUUGACACUCGUACGAUAACCUCCUCAACGCAAGGCAGCGUCUUUGCUCCCCUUUUGAAGAACACAAAAAAAGGGAAGACUGUAAAAAAAAAAAAAUACACGCAGGCCAAAUUCAUUAAAUUAUAUUUUUUCGGGAGUGUUUUAACAUCUUUUCCAUUUGUUCAAAUGUAAAUCUUCAGUGGAAUCUAUUUGAAUAUUUUUUAAAUUCAGUUUAGUGAUUUUCCAGCUCACAACUAGACAUCAAGGUUGUUUUUUUUUUAAGCACAUUCUUAGUCAUUAGAAGCUUUUCAGUCUUAAUUUAGAGGUUUUGUUUGUUUAAUUUAACCGUCCCGGACUAUCAGCUGUAUUUGUGGACAUUCGCAGCCUUGCUUUUUUAGUCACUGUUGAUGCAUUUGUCACUAAAAUGUGCAGCAGUUACAACUGGUCCCACCGAUCUAUACACACUCAGAGGAUUUUUCACAAUACACAACAUAAAACUACCACAUUACGCAAGCUUACAGGUCUGUACAGACAUUUUAUGCUGUGUGAAUGAAGUCUAAUGAAAAAGGUAAUUUAAUAAAUGUCUGAAACCUU